AUGGAGCAUUCCUACCUCCACUCCCCAGCAGAGGUGCUGGAGCACUUUGGUGUUUUAGAGCACUCGGGUCUGUCGCAAGAACAGGUGUCGAAGUCAAGACUCAAGUAUGGUCUGAAUGCGCUUGCGGAAGAUCCUCCCACGCCUCUUUGGGAACUUAUACUGGAACAAUUCAAAGAUCAACUGGUCCUCAUUCUUCUAGGCUCGGCUGCGCUGUCGUUUGUCUUGGCUCUUUUUGAAGAUGGGGAUGAUUGGACUGCCUUCGUCGACCCAGUUGUGAUCUUGACGAUUUUGAUCCUCAAUUCUGUUGUUGGUGUGACCCAGGAAACUAGUGCGGAGAAGGCAAUUGCCGCGCUCCAGGAAUAUUCCGCGAAUGAGGCCACUGUUGUUCGUGAUGGAAAAAGUCAGCGUAUCAAAGCCGAAGACCUGGUCCCUGGGGAUAUUAUUCAUGUCGCCGUUGGAGAUCGUGUGCCUGCUGACUGCAGGCUGAUUGCGGUCCACAGCAAUAGUUUUCGGGUCGACCAAGCCAUCUUGACGGGCGAGAGCGAGAGUGUUGGGAAAGAUACUCGUGCCAUUCGCGAUAAGCAGGCUGUCAAACAAGAUCAGACAAACAUGCUCUUUUCAGGCACUACUGUGGUCAAUGGUCAUGCUACAGCCCUGGUCGUCUUAACGGGCGGGUCAACAGCUAUUGGUGAUAUUCACGAUAGCAUCACGUCCCAGAUCUCGGAGCCGACGCCACUGAAGCAGAAACUUAAUGAUUUUGGUGACAUGCUCGCCAAGGUGAUCACGAUAAUUUGUGUACUGGUGUGGGUGAUCAACAUUGAGCACUUUAACGACCCAUCCCAUGGUGGUUGGACCAAGGGAGCCAUUUAUUACCUCAAGAUUGCAGUGUCUCUUGGUGUAGCCGCCAUCCCUGAAGGCUUGGCUGUUGUGAUCACUACUUGUCUUGCCCUCGGUACUCGUAAGAUGGCCAACAAAAAUGCAGUGGUCCGGUCUCUUCCUUCCGUGGAGACUUUGGGAAGUUGCAGUGUUAUCUGCUCGGACAAGACUGGUACUUUGACCACGAAUCAGAUGAGCGUCAACAAAGUUGUUUAUUUGAGCAAGGCUGGCAACAGUGUUGAGGAGAUCGAUGUCGAAGGAACAACUUUUGCGCCCGAGGGUAGUCUUUCACAAAAUGGCAAGAUUUUGCAGAAUCUCGCGGUGUCUUCGUCCACUAUCAGACAGAUGACCGAAGUGAUGGCGCUCUGCAACAGUGCGGAUAUCUCUCACGAUGCUAAGAGCGGUGUCUACUCCUGUAUCGGCGAACCAACCGAGGGCGCCUUGCGAGUAUUGGUUGAGAAGAUUGGAACUGACAAUGCCACUACCAAUGCGAAGAUCUUCCAGCUACCAACAUCCCAGAGGCUCCGUGCUUCGAGUACAUUCUAUGGAAGUCGCUUGCCACUCAAGGCAACCUAUGAGUUUUCCCGCGACCGAAAGAGCAUGUCUGUCCUUGUUGGUACUGAGAAGGAGCAAACCUUGUUGGUCAAGGGCGCUCCCGAGUCCAUUCUUGAGAGAUGCACUCAUGUUCUCCUGGGUUCUGAUGGACCUCGUGUACCUAUCACUAAAGAGCACACUGACUUGUUCUCUUCCGAGAUUGUGGAAUAUGGAAAUCGUGGCCUUCGUGUGAUCGCCUUGGCCCGCGUUGACGAUGUGGGAGCCAAUCCUCUCCUACGCAACGCCCAGACCUCCGAGGAUUAUGCUCAAUUGGAACGGAACAUGACUCUCAUUGGCUUUACUGCCAUGCUUGAUCCUCCACGGGUUGAAGUUGCUGAAUCCAUCAAGAAGUGCCGUGCCGCUGGUAUCCGGGUCAUCGUCAUCACCGGUGAUAGCCGAAACACUGCUGAGGCUGUUUGUCGGCAAAUUGGUGUCUUCGCUGAAGAUGAGGAUCUCACAGGCAAGAGCUUUACUGGUAGAGAGUUCGAUGGCCUCUCUGAUAAUGAGAAGCUCGAGGCCGUUAAGACAGCCUCUCUUUUCUCUCGGACCGAACCCAGCCACAAGUCUAAGUUAGUCGAUCUCCUUCAAUCCCUAGGCCAUGUGGUUGCAAUGACUGGUGAUGGAGUGAACGAUGCGCCUGCCUUGAAAAAGUCCGAUAUUGGUGUAGCUAUGGGCACCGGUACUGAUGUGGCUAAGCUUGCUGCUGACAUGGUACUGGCUGACGACAACUUUGCAACUAUCACCGUGGCCGUCGAGGAAGGAAGAUCUAUCUACAGCAACACACAGCAGUUCAUCCGGUAUCUUAUCUCGUCAAACAUUGGAGAGGUAGUGUCGAUCUUCCUUACUGCGGCUCUGGGUAUGCCUGAAGCGUUGGUCCCUGUGCAGCUGUUGUGGGUUAACUUGGUCACUGACGGGUUGCCUGCGACUGCACUAUCGUUCAACCCGCCUGAUCAUGAUGUGAUGAGACGCCCCCCUCGCAAGCGUGACGAGCCCCUUGUUGGUGGUUGGCUACUGUUCAGAUACCUUGUUAUUGGUACAUAUGUCGGUGCUGCCACCGUCUUUGGCUACGUUUGGUGGUUUGUUUACAAUCCAGAGGGUCCCCAGAUCACUUUUUGGCAACUGUCUCAUUUCCACAAGUGCUCUGGCCAGUUCCCCGAAAUUGGCUGCGAAAUGUUUGCGAAUGACAUGUCUCGCUCUGCGUCUACCGUUUCAUUGUCUAUCUUGGUUGUAAUCGAGAUGCUGAAUGCUAUGAAUGCCCUUUCGUCCAGUGAAUCCCUGCUCACUUUUGCACUGUGGAAUAACAUGAUGUUGGUCUAUGCUAUCAUCUUGUCGAUGACAUUGCAUUUCGCCAUCUUGUACGUUCCAUUUUUACAAGGGUUGUUCUCGAUCCUGCCGCUCGACUGGGUGGAAUGGAAGGCAGUCUUGGCCAUUAGCGCUCCAGUUGUGCUCAUUGAUGAGGCGCUCAAAUUCGUGGAGCGUCAGAUGUAUACUACAGCCUCCAAGACUAUAAAUCAGCAGAAUGGAGCUGUGUCGAAGCCUAAGAAGGCAUAGAUAUUGGUGGCAGGUGGGGUGGGUGGCAUGAUAGAUAUAGAUAUCGACCCUUUCGAGUCGUGUUGAUUCAACUUCUUUCUUGGACACUGAUGACAUGUAUGGUACGUGUUAGAUGUUCUCCAUAGUAGAGAGCAAUGAAGAAAUGAAUUCAUUCGGAGGAGCAAGGCUACGGCGUAUAGUCGUCAGCUGAGAUUUAUUCUGUACAAAGAACAUUCACUCAUUAAAAUAUAUUAAACCCCUCCUUCUUUUUCCCCAAUCCAUGAAUUCUACAAAUAGAAGUGCUGUCUAUUUCAUGAAACAGUAUAUGUAUUGUAUGGCAUGGAGUCACGUUCCAUCUCCCGUAUCUCGAUUCUCGAACUGAUGGAUCAAAGGUGGAACAACACUUGCUUACUAGUAAUCGGACCAGGCCUCUCGUUCGAGGUUGCAUUGGUUAGCAGCCAUUUAAAUCCUUCUAAUAUCUUUCAUGACAUGGGUCUCUUGACCUUCUCAAGACGGUGAGGGGGAUCGCCACAUUCCUCAGCCAUACCGCUUCCUUCUCGGUGCAAAGAUGGAGCGAAGCAUUAGUACUUACCAUCCAUACCACUGUCACUUUGGACUAUUAGAUUAGGCUAA